UUUCGCCUACAAUCACGUGCCCUAGCCGUAUUUACAUCUAGCGACCUUGAAGAAAAUUGAGUUGGCCUUAACAAAUAGAUUGAGUCGUCUUUGUGUUUAUGACUAGAGUAUCAAGUCGACUGCUUUUGUAUAAUGGAAACUAAUAAUGUUAUAACACUUCACCAGUGUGUCAUAUGUGAAGAGAUUUUUCAACAAUAUGAUGAUUUAGUACAACACAAUAAGAUACAUGUUAAAGAAGAGAAAACUGAUAAUGUAGAUGAAUAUUGUCAUGUUCAAUUUAAAGAAGAGAAACAUGAUGAUAUUGAAACUGUUCAUCCCUUUAAUUUAUCUAGAGGGGAAUUUAAAUCUGAGACUAAUUUAGAAAAACACAGUGAAAUAGAUGGCAACAUACAUAUUAAUAUUAUACAACAAUCUAAAGAUGGCGGUGAUAAGUCUCAAGAUAAUAUGUGUAUUAAAAAACCUUAUAAAUGUGAUGUUUGUGGUAAAUCAUUUUAUACACAAAGCAAGUGUAAAAACCAUAUGGUAAUUCAUACAACAGAGAGACCGUUUGAAUGCAAUAUUUGUAGUAAAUCAUUUAAUCUGAGUAGUACCCUGAAGCUCCACAUGAGAAUUCAUACUGAAGAAAAACUUUAUACAUGCGAUGUUUGCGCUAAAUCGUUCAAUUUUCUGGGUGGCCUUCGUGUGCACAUGAGAAAUCAUACAGGUGAAAAACCUUAUAAGUGUGAGUUUUGUGGUAAAUUAUUUGCUCAAAAGGGGCAUCAACAGAGCCAUGUUCGAGUUCAUACGGGUGAGAAGCCAUUUAAAUGUGAUGUUUGUAGUAAAUCAUUCGGUUUUCAAGGUGCCCUUCAUCUGCACAGGCAAACUCAUACAGGUGUUAAACCUCAUAAGUGUGAUGUUUGUGGUAAACUAUUAAGCAGUAUUGGUGUUUUACAGAGACACAUCAGAACUCACACGGGUGAAAAACCUUAUAAAUGUGAUGUUUGUGAUAAAUCAUUUACUUGUAAACUCGGUCUACAAGCGCACUCGAUAACACAUACGGAGGAAAAACCAUAUAAGUGUGAUAUUUGUGAUAAAUCAUUUAAACGGAAAUCUAAUUUUGUUGUACACAUGAAAAUUCACACUGGGGAAAAAUCUUUUAUAUGUGGGGUUUGUGGGAAAUCAUUUUCAAGAACUUGUAAUCUACAAAGACACUUGGUAACGCACACAGGAGUCAAAACCUGUUAAAUGAGAUUUCUGUUUUAAGUCAUUUAUUAAGAAUUCUAGUUUUAUUCACACUGGACAAAAAUGAUUUACCAGGCCUUUUAACAAAAUGAAAUGAAAUGGGGUUUAAUGUCCUACUGUUCUGCUCCUAUACUGGGCUAAUGAAGACGGGCAUACGCCAUACAGUGUGCUAUGAGGGAAAUUUUGCUCGGGCAGCGGCACUAUCGCCUACUCUUAUAUUGAAUUCCAAAUGCCAAGGGAUCUUUUACGUGCAUUCCAAUGUAUACACGGGACCUCGGUUUUUCGUAUCAUUCGAAGGACUAGACAGCUGUCCUUGUCAGACCCUCUGUUCUGCACCACUGACAAGGGGGAACCACGUAUCUUUUUUACCCUGUGCUUGAUAACGACAAGAGGACACUUGUUGAAACGUUGCACUAUUAAAGUUGCUAGUGAUUGUUAUCCAUAAAGUUGUGUUGUGUUUUUUCAACUUUCUCGGGAUCGAACACCCGACCUCCAGGCUAGCGAGCCAGUGUCUUAACAACCUAGCCAUCGUGGCUCUCAGGCCUUUUACCUACAAAGACACAUAAAAACUCACGCAAAAAUAUGAUUUGUUAGAUCUAUAUUUCGUUUUGUUUUUUUAUACUUUCGAUGGUCUACACCUCAUGAUUAUCUGACAAGUUAUAGUGGGAGUUCACAUCAGAGGUCGUACGAGCGGCUUUUGACCCUAUGACGUCAUAUAUUGAUUAAUUAAUCGGCGUUGACGUUUCUAGUGGUUUACCCACAGUUCUGUGCAUGGUAUGCCAAGAAGUCGCUGUAACAGACUGUUUCAUUGGCUAAUCCCUCACUUGAACCAAAACGCUGGUAAUAUAACAACUCUUCCAGAUCCUAGUGUAACCAAGACAAUUAAGUAAAGCGAAAUUUUGAAACGAAAUAGAAUCUGUUUUAAUCAGCUUGAUUAGAAUUAAUAAAAUAAUGAUUUAAAAUGAUUGGCAGUUAAUGUGAUUUAAUUAAAAAAUGAAUAAUCGAAUCCUUGAUUACUAUUGUAACAAUUAGAGGUCCCAAUUUUUAUCCGAUCGUGAUGAAACUUAAGACUAUAUGUUUACAUUCCAGAUUAGGAUCACGGUGGGUAAGAUGCUGGCUCGCUAGCCUGGAGGUCGGGUGUUCGAUCCAUGCAUCGGCCAAGAAAGUUCAUCCAGAUUUUCCGGCGUGGUUUCCCCUUGUCAAUGAUGAAGGACGGAGGGCCUGACAAGGACAGCUGUCUAGUCGUUCAGAUGGGACGAAAAAACAAGGUCCUGUGUACACGUUGGCAUGCACGUAAAAGAUCCCUUGACAGUUGGAAUUCGAUAUACAUGUAAGAGUAGGCCGUAGUGCCACGGUCCAGGCAGAAUUCCCCUUAUAGUACACUGUAUGACAUAUGCCCGUCUUCUUUAGCCCAGUUCGUAGCAGAACAGCAGAACGUUACACCCCAUUUCAUUUUCAUUUCUUUCUGGAUAUGGUCCCUGAUUGUACCAAUUGUUUGUGGACACUCUACAGGUCACAAUUCUUAUCCGAUUUUGACGAUAAUUGAAAUAUAGGUUUAUCUCCAAAAGAUCUCGGUUGCUGUCGAUAUUUGCGCAUAUCGGAUCGUAACUUCCUGAAUUAUGGCCCCUGAUUGUACGAAAAAUCGCCUUUUUUAGCUUGUGGUCCCUCUGGAGGUCACAAUUAUUAUCAGAUUUUAAAAACCGUUUGAUUAUAUCACCGGUACACCAUAUUGAUGGUUGACUUCGAAAUUCGUGAAAAUCGGACCAAAACUGCCAGACAAAAUGGCCACCCCUCAUAUGCAAAUAAUGUAAAUAUAUGGUAUAUCAAGGUUGUGGACCCUCUAGAAGUCAAAAUUUUGAUCCGAUUUUGAUGAAACUUGAAAUAUAUCUUUAUAACUCAAAGAUCUUGGUUCCUGUCGAUAUUCGCACAUAUCGGAUUGUAACUUCCUGAAUCAUGGCCCUUGAUUGUUCGAAAAAUCGCUUUUUGUUUAUCUUGUUCUCUAUCCAUCUUUUGCAAAAUGUGGGUGUAUCCUGCCUGGCAGCCGCUAGUUGAUGUUGGUUUGAUUCCUCGAUACUUUUGAGAAUGAUAAACGUGCAAUUAAUUAAUAUGUGUCAUCUAUUUAUUUUUGGAUUUUGGCGGGGGACAUCAGCCUCACUGUUGGCUUGUUUAUAUUUCUCUCCACGACCGAGAUGUAACUUUAGAUUUGUUCGUGUUUAGCCAGUCUUAAAAUCGGAUGUCUUUUUGUUUCACCAACUUGAGUUUCUUCACCUUUUAGUUGGACAGGUUUUAUUCUAAUUUUUAGUAGGUUUACUGUAAUAUAUCACAAAAUGCCACAUAAACUUCUUUGCCUUCAUAUUAUUGUUUUAUUCUAAUAUUUAGUAGUUUUACUGUAAUAUAUCACAAAAUUCAACAUAAGAAAUUCUGUUAUCUGUUCAUAAAAAACAUUUUUACACAAAAGCUGGUUUUGGUUUUAUUGCAUACAGACUGGACAUAUCUUUUGCUUAUUCUACCCAUGCAGUGGACGUACCCCUUGCUCAUCCUACCUGCAGAGUGGAAUACCUUUUGCUCAUCCUACCUGCAAAGUAGAAUACCCUUUGCUUGUUCAAUCCAUAAGGUGUACAUUCUCUCCCACCAUCUUGAAAGUGGUGAAAUAAUUAGAAUGUGCUUCACAGAAUGUUCAUGUCCAUCAAUAGCCUGUUUAUUCUUUCCUAUAAUCAUCUGGAGCCACAGUGGCUAAGUGGGUAUGUCAUGUAUUGGCUUGCUAACUAAGACGUCCCGUUCCUCAGUGAGUAAGACACCAGCUCUGUAACUUAGAGGUCCUGUGUUCUAUCCUAGUGUUGACUGAUAAAGUUUGUGAUUUUCGGGUGUGAUUCCCGAUGUCAGUAAUGUAGGUUGGAAGGCCUGGCAAGAAACAAUGUAUAGUUGUUUGGAUGAGACAAAAAAUGGGGUCCCGUGUACACACUGGCGUGCAUGUUUUUUUUUUCUAAACAAUAUUUAUUCGCAGAAACUGGAUUGGAGAACAGGCAGAAGCCUAUAGACCCCUCUCCAUAAAAGUGCAAACAUAAAUAUAUAAUGAAAAGUAAAGUAAAGUAACGAUUAAAUUAUAAGAUGGCUAUAUACACGAUAUUUACAAACCACAAUCAGAAUGUUUAUAUUUCAUAAAUUUACAUACGGAAUUUUCAAAACCCUAGACAGUUGGAAUCAAAAUAAGAGUAGGCCACUGUCCAAGCAAGAUAUCCUUCAUACAUAUAGCACCAUGAAUAGCAUAAGCCCGUCUUCAUUAGCCCAGUCAGGGUAGAACAGUAGGACGUUAAAUCUUGUAUCAUUACCCCAGUCAGAUUAGAACAGUAGGACGUUAAAUCAUGUAU